AUGAACGGAAACACAAUCAAUCUCAAAUUAACACCUAUGAAUUUACCGACAUUCAGUGGUUCUUACGAAGGGUGGUCGGGUUUCAGUGACGUUUUCAAAUCUUCCGUCCAUAAUGAUAAGCGAUAUUCAGAUGCUCAAAAACUGAUGUAUUUACGAUCAUGUCUAACUGGUAAAGCAGCUGAUAAAAUCGAAUCACUCGAAACAACCGACGCUAAUUACCAAGUAGCUUGGAAGUUACUAGAAAAAUAUUACGAUGACCCCUCUUUAGUUAUCAACAAUCACAUAAAGGCAUUUUUCGAAUUAACGAACUGCGCGAAUGCAUCCGCAACUGCCAUUAGCGAUCUUUUGAAUACCGUAACGAAAGAUUAUCGAGCGCUAGAAGCUUUAAACAAACCUUUUCUUGAAUCCUUUCCUGUUUAUGCGGUAGUAGCGAAAUUAGACCCACAAACUCGAUUAGAAUGGAAAGAGCAUGUCCAAUCUAAUAAUUCACCGACAAUGGAAGAAUUACUCGAAUUUUUACAUUGUCGCGAAACAGUAUUAGAAACAAAUAAGGUCAUGAAAAACGAUAAGCAAGAAAAAGUUACACAACGUAAUGAUAACCAAAAUCGCGGCGGUAACAAUUCGAAAUCACAUUUUAAUACGAAUCGUGGUAAAUUAUCGUACGCUACACACAAAGCAUUUUGUCAUAUAUGUAAAGGCGCGCAUUUUACUCAAACCUGUGAGAAAUUCACAAACGUGCAAUUAUCGGAACGAGUUGAUAUGAUAAAAAAUUUAAAACUGUGCAUUAAUUGUCUCCGAUCCAAUCACACAGUAGAGGAAUGCAAGGCUAUAUUAUGUAAAACAUGCAAUAAAAAACAUCAUACACUUUUACACAAAAACAGUGAUGAAAAAACAGCUCAAGUUAAUUUUGCAACCUUGCACAAUGUAGCUUCCUCUCAACUUUUGUUAUCUACAGCGAUUGUACACAUUCUUGAUCAAGAGGGAAAUCCUCACGUUUGUCGCGCACUUCUCGACAAUGGUUCACAAGUCCAUUUUAUAACAGAAAAUUUAGCGAAAAAAUUAGGGCUCAAACAAUUCGAUCAAGAAAUUCCUCUAGGUGGAGUGAAUCAAAUGAAUUCAACUAUAACGAAAAUAACUCAUUCAGUCAUUGAAUCGCGAUUAAACAAUUAUCGUACAAAAUUAACGUUCUUAAUUACACCAGAAAUCAACGAAUGCGCUCCGAGCGAGUCUAUCAAGCGAAUCGAAUUAAAAAUUCCACCCAACAUCCAUCUAGCAGAUCCACAAUUUCACAUUCCCGGUAAAAUUGAUAUUUUACUUGGUGCUGAAAUCUUUUUGAAACUCCUUUGCGUCGGACAAAUGUCUCUAGCCGAUGAUAACUUUACAGAAAACGCAUCUUGGUUGGAUUCUGGGAGGGAAAAUUCUGGGAAGGAAAUCUUCUAA